CAAGCGCUGAAGGAGAACGUGAGGAGGAGAGAGGCGGAGGAGAAACAGAGGAGAGCGUGGGUGGCCAAGGAGAAGGCGGAGAGAGAGAAGCAGGAGAGACAGCAACAGAAGAAGAGGAGACUGCUGGAGGUCAACGCAGAGAACAGCGAUGAGACAGGAGUGAUGGAUAGUUUGCUGGAGGCUUUGCAGUCUGGAGCAGCGUUCAGAGACCGUCGGAAGAGAGCACCCCGGCCCCGAGAUGGUCAGAUGAGCCUCAGUCCCAGUUCGUACCUCCAGGUUCUGAAGCCCUGUAACCAUG